GGCCAGUCAUUCUCGCGCGGCUGACGAAUGUGAAGUGUGGUGAAGUAUUUGCUUAUCGAUAUUUCGAAAUUAAACGAUGUUACCGAUGUUUUUAUAUGUGUUUCAUCACCACUAGAGGACUGCACGUGUGUUUUGGUUUGUUUUGAAUGGAAUAAACAGCAACAAUGGGCAAAAAAGUGCACAAUGCCAAAGCGCGGCAAAACCCAGAGACAAUUGUCGACAACUCGGCAGUGAAAAAGAUUCAAAUCGAUGUGGAUGCAGUGGCUGGAGGGAGCCAAACAGGCUACGAUGAAGCUAACGCUUUGGUGCUGCCCUCCCAGAAGCGGGCAACCAAGAUCAAGGUGGACAAACAGCAGCACGUGAAGAUUCUCACCAAGAAGCAACGGAAACACCUGCAAACUAUUGUUGACAGAAAGAAGAAGAAGGAGGGCCGUGCACAACUCUUGGGCGACCUGGCAGCCGUACAAAUCCCAGAGGCAGAGCUCCAGCAAUACACAUCCAUUAGUCAGGUGCAAACAGUGGGCCUGAAACGGCUGCCUACUUUGGACGAGUAUCUGGCCAAGAAGAAGGAACGUCAGGCCCAAGUGCAGGCGGAGAAUGCCACUGGCAACAGACGAGUGAAUGCCAUCAAAGGCUCAAAGCGGAAGCUUCUCGACGAGGAGCAGGCGGAACUGGAGGCGAAGCGCCGAAACCCGAAUAUAGUUAGUUUAGAGGAGGAGGACGACGAAGAGGACUCCAGUGACGAUGACGAAGAGUCCAGUCCUCCUCCACCCAUUCCCGCUCCUAUUCCUACGCCUGUCCAGACUGCUCCUCCGAAAAUCCCAGCCAAGCCAGUGAAAGAGAAGCCCAAACCCGAGGCUCCUGCUCCGGUCUGCACCCACCAAACAGUUUACGUUCCUGUCCACCGCUCGGCAGAGGUCCAGGAAGCCCGUCUUCGGCUGCCCAUCCUGGCCGAGGAGCAACAAGUUAUGGAGACCAUCAACGAGAAUCCCAUUGUGAUUGUGGCUGGUGAAACGGGCUCUGGCAAAACCACCCAGCUGCCGCAGUUCCUCUACGAGGCCGGCUAUGCCCAGCACAAGAUGAUCGGUGUAACGGAACCGCGCCGAGUGGCCGCCAUUGCCAUGUCGAAGCGUGUCGCCCACGAGAUGAAUCUGCCGGAGAGCGAAGUGUCUUACCUGAUACGUUUCGAGGGAAAUGUCACGCCGGCCACCAAGAUCAAGUUCAUGACGGACGGUGUCCUGUUGAAGGAGAUCGAGACGGACUUCCUGCUCAGUAAAUACGCUGUUAUAAUCCUGGACGAGGCGCACGAGCGCAGUGUCUACACGGACAUCCUGGUGGGCCUGUUGUCGCGGAUCGUUCCCUUGCGGCACAAACGUGGUCAGCCCCUGAAGCUCAUCAUUAUGUCCGCCACGCUGAGAGUCACUGACUUUACGAAGAACGAGCGUCUGUUCAAGGUUCCGCCGCCCCUGCUAAAGGUGGAGGCACGUCAGUUCCCGGUGACCAUCCACUUCCAGAAGCGCACGCCGGACGAUUACGUGGCCGAAGCUUAUAAGAAGACUGUGAAGAUUCACAACCAACUGCCGGAGGGCGGCAUUCUCAUAUUUGUGACUGGCCAGCAGGAGGUGAACCAACUGGUUAGAAAGCUGCGUCGCACUUUUCCGUAUCGGCCCGUGAAAGAUGAUAAGCCAGGAGAGACGGAGAAGAACGAAAAGCCAGAGGAGGCGGAAAAGAAGGAAGCCAAGGCUGACGAUCUGGCGGAGGAUCCCAAAGAGCAGGAGUUUGACAUGAAGCGAGCCAUCCGUAACAUACGCAAGACGAAGAAGAAGUUCCUGUCGCAGAUAUCCCUGCCUAAGAUCAACCUGGAUGACUACAAGCUGCCUGGCGACGACACCGAAGCGGAUAUGCAUGAACAGGAGGAGGAUGAGGAGAAGGAGCUGGAACUGGACGACGAAGAGGAUGAAGAGGACAUGAAUGUAGAUGGAGAAACGAAUAGCUCCGGACAGAGACAACCCUUGUGGGUUUUGCCACUGUACUCGUUGCUGUCGUCCGAGAAGCAGAACCGCAUCUUCCAGCCCGUUCCCGAGGGCUGUCGCCUCUGCGUGGUGAGCACCAAUGUGGCCGAGACCUCGCUGACCAUUCCGCACAUCAAGUACGUGGUGGACAGUGGCCGCCAAAAGACGCGUCUGUACGACAAACUGACGGGCGUGAGCGCCUUUGUGGUCACCUACACCUCCAAAGCCUCGGCGGAUCAGCGAGCCGGCCGAGCUGGUCGUAUCAGCGCCGGACACUGCUAUCGUUUGUACUCCAGUGCCAUCUACAACGACAGCUUCGAAGCCUUCUCCCAGCCGGAUAUUCAGCAGAAGCCCGUAGAUGAUCUCAUGCUCCAGAUGCGAUGCAUGGGCAUCGACCGCGUUGUUCACUUCCCCUUUCCCUCGCCGCCGGACCAGGUGCAGCUGGAGGCCGCCGAGCAGAGGCUCACGGUGCUGGGGGCUCUAGAGGCGCCGCCAUCCAGCUCCAGCGAUUCGAAAAAGGAUCUGCCGCCGGAGGUGACGCGACUGGGCAAAGUUAUAUCAAGAUUUCCCGUUGCACCCCGUUUCGGCAAAAUGCUCGCCCUCUCCCACCAGCAGAAUCUGUUGCCGUAUACGGUGUGCCUGGUGGCCGCCCUGUCUGUCCAGGAGGUGCUCAUCGAAACGGGUGUCCAGCGGGAAGAGGAUGUGGCGCCGGGAGCGAAUCGCUUCCACCAGAAACGACAGAGCUGGGCUUCCUCCGGCAACUAUCAGCUACUCGGGGAUCCGAUGGUCCUGCUACGUGCCGUCGGAGCAGCGGAAUAUGCCGGAUCUCAGGGACGUCUCGCGGAGUUCUGUACGACCAACGGUCUCCGGCCCAAGGCCGUCAGUGAAGUGCGCAAGCUUCGCGUCCAGCUCACCAACGAGAUCAAUCUGAAUAUUAGCGACGUGAACCUGGGCGUUGAUCCCGGCAUGAAGCCGCCCACAGAUGCCCAGGCCCGCUUCCUGCGUCAGAUCCUGCUGGCCGGCAUGGGCGACCGGGUGGCCCGCAAGGUGCCGCUGGCCGAGAUCGCCGACAAGGAGGAGAAACGACGCCUCAAGUACGCCUACCAUUGCGCCGACAUGGAGGAGCCGGCCUUCCUGCAUGUCUCAUCCGUGUUGCGCCAGAAGUGCCCCGAAUGGGUUGUCUACCAGGAGGCGUAUGAGCUACAGAACGGCGAUUCCACUAAGAUGUUUAUACGCGGCAUCACUGCCAUCGAACCGGAGUGGCUGCUCCUGUAUGUGCCGCUGCUGUGCAAUAUCCGGGAAGUGCGCGAGGAUCCGGCUCCUAGGUAUGAUGAGGCAUCUGGUCGGAUCUACUGCUAUGUGGAUGCCACAUUUGGACGAGCUGGGUGGGAUCUGCCGCUGGGCGAGGUGGAGAUGCCACUAAGCGAGAAGGCCUGCUGCUACUUUGGCAUGUUCCUGCUGGAGGGAAAGGUGUGCCCCCGCCUGACCGAGUUCAAGGGCAAGCUGAAGUCGACGCCCGCCUCUCUGAUCAAGAGCUGGUCGAGUCUAAACGACAAGGUGCUGCGGUUCAAACGGGCGCUGAUCACCAAGCAGAUCCACAGCCGUCAGGGGCUGGAGAAUGAGUGGGCAAGCGAUCCGCACUUCCUCUUGGAAGAGUACCAGAACCUCCUGUACGACGUCGCUCUGAGUGAACUGAGUCCCAUCUGGCCCCCACUCGAUAAAAACCAGUCCUAACUUUGUAUAACAAGUUUCAUUUAUUAUUUAUUUAAUUGAUAU